AAUUAGAUGAUUCUGGAACUAUCAUGAAAUUCAUAACAGCUUUGAAUUUCAGAACUCUCCAGACACACACACCUUUUGCUCAUUUCAUAUAUACACAUGCUCGUGUAUUAAAUCAUAAUUCAACAACAAAUUGUUCAACAAUCGCAUAAUUAUAAGCACUUUUUGAUUCACAUAAAAGCUUUUCAAUUGUGUUCAUUCAUCAAUGGAAGAGGAUUUCGAGUUUCCAACAGCAGGAAACAUGGAAAUGCCAGAGGAAGAGGAGGUGAUGAGUCCGACUCAGAAAGUUGGCGAGGAGAAGGAGAUUGGGAAGAAUGGUUUGAAGAAGAAGCUUGUUAAGGAAGGUGAAGGGUGGGAAACUCCUGAUAAUGGAGAUCAAGUUGAAGUUCAUUAUACUGGAAUUUUGCUUGAUGGAACCAAAUUUGACUCGAGCCGUGAUAGGGGUACCACUUUCAAGUUUAAGCUUGGUCAAGGGCAAGUGAUCAAAGGGUGGGAUGAAGGUAUCAAAACCAUGAAGAAGGGUGAAAAUGCCAUUUUCACAAUACCCCCAGAGUUGGCUUAUGGAGAAUCUGGGUCUCCUCCCACUAUUCCCCCAAACGCAGCUCUUCAGUUUGAUGUGGAGUUGCUGUCUUGGACAAGUGUCAAGGACAUUACCAAGGAUGGUGGAAUAUUGAAAAACAUAAUAACUGAAGGAGAGAAAUGGGACAAUCCUAAGGACCCUGAUGAAGUAUUCGUUAAGUAUGAAGCUCGUCUCGAAGAAGGAACAAUCGUUUCAAAAUCUGAUGGGGUCGAGUUCACUGUUGAAGAGGGUUUUUUCUGUCCUGCUUUGGCCAAGGCUGUGAAAACAAUGAAGAAGGGAGAGAAAGUUCUCUUGAAUGUUAAGCCAGAAUAUGCAUUUGGUGAGAGUGGAAAACCUUCAUCAGGAAAUAAUGGUGCCAUACCUCCAAAUGCUUCACUUCAAAUAGAUCUCGAGUUAGUCUCAUGGAAGACGGUAUCUGACAUUACUAAGGAUAGGAAGGUCCUUAAGAAGACCUUGAAGGAAGGAGAGGGAUAUGAACGACCAAAUGAUGGAGCUGUGGUUCAGGUGAAACUUACCGGAAAGCUGCAAGAUGGGACUGUCUUCUUUAAGAAAGGUCAUGAUGGUGAUCAGCCAUUUGAGUUCAGAAUUGAUGAAGAGCAAGUAAUUGAUGGGCUUGAUAGAGCCGUUAAGAACAUGAAGAAAGGGGAAAUUGCAUUGGUGAUUAUUCAACCUGAGUAUGCUUUUGGUUCAUCUGGGUCCCCUCAGGAAUUGACUACUGUUCCUCCCAAUUCCACCGUUUACUAUGAAGUUGAGCUGCUUUCCUUUGUAAACGAAAAGGAAUCAUGGGAUCUUAAUACGCAAGAAAAGAUUGAGGCAGCUGGAAAAAAGAAGGAAGAAGGGAAUGCAUUGUUCAAAGCCGGUAAACAUGAAAGAGCAUCAAAGAGAUAUGAGAAGGCCAUAAGGUAUUUUGAGUACGAUUCCUCAUUCAGUGAUGAGGAGAAACAGCAGGCCAAAGCAUUGAAAAUUUCAUGCAAUCUUAAUGACGCGGCAUGUAAGUUGAAACUCAAGGACUACAAACAGGCAGAGAAGUUGUGCACAAAGGUGUUAGAGCUUGAUAGUAGAAACGUAAAAGCCCUAUACCGAAGGGCACAAGCAUAUAUUCAUCUCAUUGACUUGGAUUUGGCUGAAAUGGAUAUUAAGAAAGCCCUUGAAAUUGAUCCAGAUAACCGGGAUGUCAAGAUUGAGUACAAAAUUUUGAAGGACAAAGUGAGAGAAUACAACAAGAAGGAUGCACAAUUUUAUGGAAAUAUAUUUGCCAAAAUGAAUAAAGUAGAACAAGCAAGAACUGCAGCAGCAAAGCAGGAGUCUGUGCCAAUGGCUGUCGAUAGUCAAGCUUAGAUUAGCAACAAUGUUAUGUCUGUCUCUAAAUCUUUGCAUAAUAGCCCUAGCAUGAAAUUGCAAUUGUUGAAUGGUCUUGUCUAAUCUUGGUCUAUAGUUGUCCUUUGUUCAUAUCUGUGUGAUGUGAAUCGUGAUGUUAGUCUCCAUUGCACCUUGAGUCAUGUAAGAAAUGAAAUAAUCAGGUUUUGAACCUUUUGGUAAUCUAAAUGUCUCUUUUCUGCAUGAA